CUGUAACAUCUCUUUUUCCAUCGCGUUAAAGACACAAUCUCGCUCGUUUGCAGGGGCUCGGCUCCAUAAUGGCUAUAAUCACAGGACUCUCCCAUCUAGCUAAUCCAUUGGCCACCGCCGUCCAGCUCGAAACCUCCUCCAGUCACCUCGAUGGCAUCCCCAAGGACCUCGAAGACUGGGUACGAUUCGAGAGCUCCAAACUCCUCCAAGCAGCAGGGAUCCUCUUGCGCCUUCCGCAAGAACUCAUUGCUCAAUCUAUCAUCAUUCUUUGCCGUUACUGGAUCGGCGCUGAUGGUGGGAGUAUGCUGGACCAUGACCCCAAAGAUGCCGCAGCCGCGGCGCUGUAUAUGACGGCCAAGCCUUCGCCUCAUCCCGUCAGUGUGAGGCAGGUUUUUGUCGUCUUUUCUUACCUCACCUCCCGUUCCGGCUUCGACUACAAGAUGGCCAAUGAGGGAGAUGUCACCAACUGGCACAUCUCCGGGGUCGACUACGAAGCCGCCCGAUCACGACUUUAUGCAAUCGAAGCGCAUAUUCUGCAGGUUCUCGGACUUGCAACACACGUCGCGCUCCCCUUUACCCUGUGCAUCAACUACCUGCAAACCCUCGACGUCUUCAAAGCCUCGCGGCGAGAAGGCGAGGCCGUUGCGAAGCUCGCGUUUCAACACCUCAACACCGCUCUCCUGAGCCCGCAACUGCUAUAUCUCACUCACCAACCGACUGCACUCGCCACGGCCGCGAUUUAUCUCGCUGCGCGUGAGGUCAAGGUCAAACUGCCCGAGACGAGCUGGUGGGAAGUGUUCGACGUGGACCGCGAGGAACUCGGGUUCUUGGCGGUGGCGAUGAGGAGUGUGGAGGGGUUUGCGAGGGAGGAGCGCCUGAAGUGGGAGGGAAGAAGAGUGCCAAUGACGAUUGAAGGCCUGCGGGAGGAGAUUGAGCGGAGGCGAACCCGGGAGGUCGGCGGUGCGAGAUGACCGAGUCACGUGAUAAGUACAACGGUGGCCGGCUUCUACCGUCCACUGUGGAGCAAGUGAUGAUCAUGCGCGAAGCAGAAAGGGCAGCAUUAU